CCAAAGCAGUCUGUUGAGGAGAUAAAACCUGAAAAUAUCCAAAGCUCCCCCCAGACAGCUUCAUCCAGUGCUUUGGUUUCUCACGUCCCCGUACGGUCAGGAAAAUCAAUAACAAGAACUGGCCUAAAAAACCUGGGAAACACGUGUUAUAUGAACAGCGUUUUACAAUCGUUGUUUAUGGCGACAGACUUUAGGAGCCGCGUGUUAUCCCUCAAUUUGAAAGGCUGCAAUUCACUGAUGAAGAAAUUGCAAAAACUUUUCAACAUCUUGGCUUAUUCUAAGCGAGAAGCAUAUACUCCAUUGACAUUUUUCAAUGCGUCUCGUCCACCGUGGUUCAGUUCUUUCUCCCAGGAAGAUAGUUCUGAAUAUCUUCGAUUCCUUUUAAACAGCUUGCAUGAGGAAGAGAGAAUACAGUUUUUGUCUUCAGAGACUGCCGCCAAUGCUCUGGUUACAGAAGUUCCUCCUCAACAGUCUUCACAAAGAGCAAGCUGGGGGAAAGAUGAAAAAACUAUAAUACAACACAUGUUUGAGGGAAAGCUGCAAACUAAUAUCUGCUGCCAAACAUGUAAAAACAUUUCCCAGAAGACGGAGGCUUUUACAGACCUUUCACUGGGAUUCCCACCAUCAUUAAUUAAUACUGGCAAAAAAGAACACCAGAAAACAUUUUCUGUCAACGACAUGUUCAACCAUUUCCUCGCACCAGAAAUUCUCGAUGGAGACAACUGCUAUCAGUGUGGAAACUGUGCUUCCCUCCAGAAAGCAGAGAAGACCGUGCAAAUUAUGGAGGAGCCAGAAUACCUAAUUCUAAACCUACUGAGGUUUUCUUAUGAUCCAGAGAACCAGGUGAAGCGGAAGAUAUUCAAUCCAGUAUCUAUUCCACAAAUACUGAGGCUGCCCGUGGAAAGAUCUACCUCUCUGGACACUGAUCUUUCUGGUGCUGGUGAAAAUAAAGCUAAUGAGCAGGCAUCAGUUGGCAUAGAAGAUCGGCGCUCUACCCAACGACGAGUGCCUUAUGCUUUAAAUUCUGUUGUGGUGCAUUCGGGAGCAACUCCUGAAAGUGGCCAUUAUUACUGCUAUGCAAGGGACAUCAGUUUAAGGUCUGUAAAACCUGUGAAGAGCUCCUCCAAUGUUUCCUUACUUCAGGCAGCUGGAGGAGAAAUGCCCACCUCUGGUAGUGAGUCCUCACAUAAUCCCAAACAAUGGCUUUUCUUAAAUGACAGCAGGGUUACCUUUACAUCUCAGCGCCAUGUGUUAAAUACCAGCCUGCGGUCUCCAGAAGACUCUGUAUAUAUAUUAUUUUAUAAAAAGCUGAGCUGA